CCUAUUAAAUACCUAAGUCAACUCCAUUAUUGAUCUUCUCCAGCGUAAUCGAUAAUCCAUCAAUGGCCACUUCCUGCCGGUGUUCAGGCCUGCUCCAUCCCAAUUUCUCAAAAAGUUUUCAGCCUUUGGGCUCCCAUCGGUUGCAUUAUAAUCCAACAACCUCAAAUCAGAAAAAUAGAGGUUCGUUUCUGGGAGAUCCAAAUUUGAAAUAUAUUCAAACCUUACGAAGAGACGAAGGAACAAAGAUAAGGGAAUUGGUUGUUGAAGCCACUCCAGAUCCAGAAGCAGGGAAUCUUCUUUCUUUUUGGCCCUCUGAUAAUCCGUGGAUCGCCGGGCUAGCUGGAAUUAUGGCAACAAUUCCUUUUUUGAUCCAACGGUUAUUAACGUUGACAAGAGAUGUGGAUGUGGCGGCCGAGACGGUGGAGAAAAUAGCCGACUCCGUGGAGAAGGUGGCGGAGGAAGUUGAUAAAGUGGCGGAAGAUAUAGAGGAGGCACUCCCUGAAGGUGGCUUAAAAAAUGUGGUUAAUUUAGUUGAAGAUCUGGCUGAAGAAACAGCAAAGGAUGCUCAAAAAGUUGAAGAUUUGAUGGACAAGGUCGAAGAAUUGGACGACAAAGUGGAGGCUUAUUUUAACAACCAAUCGAAAGACAACCCUACUACCUAAAGACGGUGGAAUAGAAGAAGAAUUGCUUUUCAAUCUGACGGUGGGUCAUAAUUAUAUCACUUUAAGUUGGAUGUUUUUCCCCCCUCCUUUCUAAUGUUCAAAUAUUAAUGCUAGUGUGUACUCUAUUUAAACUUUAUUGCUCGAUUUCAGAAUUUUGUAGUCUAAUUCGUAGAGAUGGACCUACAAAUUCACAUUC